CCAGGCGACUACUCGAAUAAUCGAGAUCAUGCGGGACACAGCCAGCUUCAGCGGAGUGUUCGGUGGAGUCGAAACGGGGUUUAAUGAAAGCAAUGAGGAAAGCACAUGCAAUCUGUUAGAGGCUGAUAUUCCUCCAGAAUCAGGAAUACUGACACCACCUCCCAUUAUCAACCCUGAGGAAGCUGCACAGCCAUCAACAUCAGCAUCGACAUUAGCACCGACGUCAGCAUUGACAUCAGCAUCCUCAUCAGCACUGACGUCAGCACCGACAUCAUCAUCGACAUCAGCAUCGACAUCAACACCAGCACCGACGUCAGCAUCGACAUCAACAUCAAGCCCGCGAACAAGUGGUAAAUCCUCAAAAUCAAGAUCUAAAAUGUUCAGCAGGAAAGAGCAUGGUGUUGUUGAUAAAGUAUACCAGCUCCAGCAACAAGUGCUGACAGGGGAACUUGAACUUCAAGCAAUGAAAAAAAGAAAACUUGCUUUGCAGAUUACACUCUUGGAAAAAAGUCUUGACAGUACUAGUGAAUAUAUGGACAGCUCAUCAAAGCUUCUCAUGUCCAUGUUGAAAUAGUUAGUUCCAUACUGAAGUAACAUAGGUAUAAACACAUAGGUGAUAGCUAUCAGUGUAUUUUAAAAUACUUUAGUCAAGUUAUAGGAAAGGAUUACAAUCAACACAACAUUUCUUCUCACUUUAAUCACAAUCACAAUAAACUAGCCUGUUAACAGAACAUUACAUGAUAUUAUCCACUAAUUACUUUGCUUUUAAAAGUUUUUGUUAGCAACAUUUGAAAUGUCAAUAGGUUUAAGUCACUUUAUUGUGCAAAAAAUGUCCUAGCAAUAUGAUCUCUGAUCCCCUUGCCAUCAUGUCUUCCUCCAUAUGCCUCAACUGGUGGCUGCUCAUCUAUGUUGGCUCUGUCAUCAUCAGGCUCACACAUGUCAAUAGCAAUGUUGUGCAGGACAGCACAAGCAACAACAAUGCAACACACUCGGCUUGGUUCCAUCCUCACCUAUU